CAAAGAAGUGAAAGCCCAAAUAGGGUGCCAGGCAGAGUUUCUCUCAGAGCGACACUGGCCCCUUAACAGCAGAGAAGUUCAGAGAAACCACUGAGGUCUGAAUUACAUGCAGAUAUCCUGAAGACCUGCGCUCAGAGGUAUGGCGCGAUUUGAUUCAACUACAGAAGAUUUUUCAUCAAGCUACACUUAUGAUUAUGAUUACAAUUACACUGAUAUGGUCACCGAGGCCAAUGUCACUGAUGUUGAGGAGCUGUGUGUAGCCAGCAAAGAACAGGAGCUGACCAUUACUGUUGUCCAGACCACGGUCUUCCUCAUUGUCUUCUUCUUAGGUGUGUUUGGUAACGGGCUGGUCAUUGCCACAUUUGCACGGUACCGCCGUCUACGCCUACGCUGCAUGACCGAUGUCUUCCUGUUCUACCUGGCUCUGUCCGACUUGCUGCUUCUGCUGACUCUUCCGUUAGAGACGGGAGAGACACUGAUCGGCAGCUGGGAGUUCGGAGAGGGGCUGUGCAAGCUAAACCGUGGUAUGUAUGCCAUCAACACCUAUGGAGGUCUGCUGUUGUUGGCUUGCAUUAGCGUUGAUCGCUAUUUGGUGGUGGUUCGCACCAGGGCCAUACGGAAGAGGAGUUCUGGGACUCUGUUUUACAGCACACUGUCUGCGCUUGGAGUCGCACUAACUUCUGUCUUCCUGAGCCUGCCAGACUUGCUCUUCAGCUCCGUGGAGAACGACAUGGGUUCAGACGUCCUCUUGUGUGAUAUGAAAGUUUGGGGCGAUGGAGUGAGUAAAUGGAAGCUGUGGGCCCAGAUGGCAAAGAUCGCAGGAUUCUGCAUCCCUUGCGUGGCGAUGGUGGUGUGUUACGGCGCGAUCGGACGUGUCUUGAUCCGUGCCGGUGGCAACUGUUGGCGCAGACAGAGGACUUUGCGCUUGAUGGCACUUCUGGUGGUUCUUUUCCUUCUCUUUCAGCUUCCUUACACGAUGGUGCUUCUGAUUAAAAUAUUCAAACCCACUCAGAUAAACUGCGAAGACUGGACCAAGUUCCACCUUCAGGAAAACAUAACGCGCAAUCUGGCUUAUGUGAGGUGCUGCCUGAACCCUUUGCUCUACGCACUCGUUGGGGUCAGAUUCAGAAAUGACAUUAUCAGGCUCUUGAUGGACACCGGGUGCAUGUGUACGUGUGUGUCCCAUAUAACUCCACAGCAUGACAACGGAAGCUCCAUCACACCAUCGUCUCCGGCUCCAACCAUCCUUUCAUCCUUCCCAUCUUCUUACAUGUCUUCCAAGAAAACACCUGCCCUGGACACACCUGCUGCAGACACAGCUGAAACCUUCAUUUUUCCAAUGCCCAUAUCUAGUAAAAAGACUUCAGGACUUAUGAGCUGGUGUCAUCAAUAAAUGCACAUUAGAUUAUCUGAAAUAAAUAAUUUCUAAUUUUAAAGGUAAUAAUUAUAGAAACCCAUUUACUGUAUGCCACAAGAAAAAAAAACAUGCUUUGGUAAAACAAUUAUGAGAUUAAAAAUUAUCACAUGUUAAUAUAAGAGUUUUAUAUCAAUAUUUUGUACUUCCAGUGGAUAAGAGACAAAACUGCAUGUACACAAAAACUCUUUAUACAGUUUAAAUACAAUGAGCAGCAUAAAUAAUUUUAGUACAGUGUUAGAUGAAGAGUUAAUAAUAUAUAUAUAUAAAUAUAUUAGACAUAUGCUGUAAAUACAUUUUGCACACAUUUAUUCUGCUCACAUUUAUUACAGUUAAAAUUAUUUAGUUUUUUUGUAUGUGUUAUUCUCUGCUAUUUUCAUUUCUCAUUUUACCUGUAUUCCUCAUUUUACCAUGUAUUACUGUUACUGGCAAAACUGCAAAAUAAAGAUUAUUUUUCUGUAUAAAUUUUGUAUGCAUUUUUUUUUCAUUUCAAAACGAUGUGUAGAAAUGAAUGGAAAUCUAUGGAAAUACAUUUCUUUCAGCAUUUAAUUCUUGUUAGUUGCCUAUUUUUGAAGUGUUUAAAACACUCAAGCAGGUCUUUAUUAACAUGUUGGCGCCACCUUGUGGUCAAAUCUGAUUUCAUAGGUGAAAAAUGGAAAGAUAAACCUUUGGUGUUAUCAAUAAAUGCGCAUUGGAUAAUCUGAAAUAAAUGAUUUCUCAUUUUAAAGGUAUUAUGUAUAGAAGCCGAUUUACUGUAUGUCACAAGAAAAAAAAAUCAUGGUUUGGUAAAACAAUUAUGAGAUUAAAAAUGUCAUAAUUAUAAAAAAGGAUUUUGAGAUUUAGAAAUCAAAAAUACAAGAAUGUUUUGACUUUGUAACUUUUAUAUCAAUAUUUUGAACUUCCAAUUUUUAAAAGACAACUGCAUGUACACAAAAACUCUAUAUAAAGCUUUACAUACAAUCAGCAGCAGCAUAAAUUAUAGUCUAGGUUUCCAGGAAUAUUCAUUUCUAAAUAAUUUUAGCACACUGUUAGACUAAGAAUGUUAGAAGAAAUAUAUAUAUAUUAGACAUAUAAUGUAUAUAAUAUAUGCUCACAUUAAUUACAAUGAAAAUAAGUUUGUAAUAUAUGUAUGUUAUUCCGUGCUAUUUUCAUUUUUUUAUUUCUGUACCCUGUAUUUCUGCUACUGACAAAAAUGCUAAAUAAAGCUCGUCAUGCUCGUCCUACAGCAGCCAUAUAAAUAUAACUGAGAUAGGCUUAUAAUGUUUUAUUAAUUUUUUCCAGUUUUUUUUUUCAAAAGAUUAAUGUGUUAAAUAUAACAUGAAAUAUCUCGAUUCUCAAAUAUGUGUAAGUAGAUGCAUUUUGCACCUUAAUGUUAGCCGAUCUAUAAUGGGAGAUGAGCAUAAUAGUGACCCAGCUUUACAGUAGGCUGGUCGGGUGACAUGCCCUUAUAUAUGACUGACGUUGUUUUAAUUUGAACAUUGUAAUUAUAACACUUUCAUCGUAGAAAAAGAAAGCAAAGAACAUUUACAUUAUCAAAUAACAAUUGAACCACUCUCAUAAACUCUCAGUAAUCACUGAAGCUGUUUAAACUGUGAAAUGAAUAUCUUACUUACAUCGUUUGUAGGCCUACAUAUGUACUUUGUUGUUUCUUAUGAGAAAAUCGUCAGAGAAUAGAAUUCCUGCAGCGAGUGCGCGCACUGAACAAAACAUUUAAGCGAUGACUCAUCUCAACGUCUCUGAUUGGUCUUUGCAGCUCAGCAGAAUCGUGUGUGAUUGGUUAAAAAGUGCAGCGCUGUAAAAACGUGUCACUCUCGCUCAGCGCCAGCCAAAGCGAGAAGAUUUGUAUGGAGGACCAAACCUGCAGAAAAUAUAAUUAAAUAAAUGUAUAAAAAAUGUGAGAUAAAUGAUGUGAUAAAACCAAAAACAGUUCAUUUGUAAUAAAAUGUAACCCUAAAUUUAUAUUU